CCCAAGCAAGAUGCCGGCGCGUGUUGAUGGCGUCACGGCCGGGCGGGGUUGCGCCAUUUUGAAUGUGGAUAGUGGAGUGUGGGAGGAAAAGGCUGAAGGAGGAGUGUUGGACUGCUUCAGAGGGACUUCAGCUGGAGAGGUGGAGAGAAAAUAAAGCGGCUAGAACACAUCCUCGAUUUAUUAUCAAGCAGGGAUUUUAUUUAUUUAUUUAUUUUUUUUUGCAAUAACACAAACCAAGGGAAAGUUAUCAGGAACCGCCGCUGAGAUUCCCUCUCCCUCUCUCUCUCUCCCUCUCUCUCGCCAUGGCAGGUGCCGGAGGCGGGGGCAACGACGUGCAGUGGUGCUUCUCGCAGGUCAAAGGAGCAAUCGAUGAUGACGUAGCUGAAGCUGAUAUCAUCUCCACCGUGGAAUUCAACCACUCAGGGGAGCUGUUAGCCACUGGAGACAAAGGCGGACGCGUCGUCAUCUUCCAGCAAGACACUGAGAACAAGGCGCAAUGCCGCAGCGAUUACAACGUUUACAGCACGUUCCAGAGCCACGAGCCCGAGUUCGACUACCUGAAGAGUCUGGAGAUCGAGGAGAAGAUCAACAAGAUUCGCUGGCUGCCACAGAAAAACGCCGCACAGUUUCUGUUGUCCACAAACGACAAAACUAUAAAGUUGUGGAAGAUAAGUGAACGUGAUAAGAGACCAGAGGGCUACAAUCUAAAAGAGGAGGAUGGACGCUGCAGAGAUUCGACCACCAUCACUACUCUACGGGUGCCCGUGUUCAGGCCCAUGGACCUGAUGGUGGAGGCGAGCCCUCGGCGUGUGUUCGCCAACGCUCACACUUACCACAUCAACUCCAUCUCGGUGAACAGCGACAACGAGACGUACCUGUCCGCCGACGACCUGCGCAUUAACCUGUGGCACCUGGAGAUCACCGACCGCAGCUUCAACAUCGUGGACAUCAAGCCGGCCAACAUGGAGGAGCUGACGGAGGUGAUCACGGCGGCCGAGUUCCACCCGCACCAGUGUAACACCUUCGUCUACAGCAGCAGCAAAGGCACCAUCCGCAUGUGUGACAUGCGCGCCUCCGCCCUCUGCGACAAACACUCCAAACUUUUCGAGGAGCCAGAAGACCCCAGCAACCGCUCUUUCUUCUCAGAAAUCAUCUCUUCCAUCUCGGACGUGAAGUUCAGCCACAGCGGCCGCUACAUGAUGACCCGAGAUUAUCUGUCCAUCAAGAUCUGGGACCUGAACAUGGAGAAUCGGCCAGUGGAGACGUAUCAGGUUCAUGAAUACCUCAGGAGUAAGCUGUGCUCGCUCUACGAAAACGACUGCAUCUUCGACAAGUUCGAGUGCUGCUGGAGCGGGAACGACAGCGUGGUGAUGACGGGCUCAUACAACAACUUCUUCCGCAUGCUGGAGCGCACGCAGCGGCGAGACGUCACCCUGGAGGCGUGCCGUGAGAGCUGCAAGCCCCGGCAGGUGCUGAAGCCGCGGCGCGUGUGUGCCGGCGGGAAGAGGAAGAAGGACGAGAUCAGCGUGGACAGCCUGGACUUCAACAAGAAGAUCCUGCACACGGCCUGGCACCCGCACGCCAACAUCAUCGCCGUAGCCACCACCAACAACCUCUACAUCUUCCAGGAGAAGGGCAACUAGGAGCGACCAACCUCGCACACCCCCCACACCUCCGUCUGUGUGCGUGCGUGUGUGAGGAGAAAAAGUUAAAGAGGAACUAGAGAAAAUAGUUUUUGUGACAACCAUCACCACUACUGUCAUCAUCUUUAUCAUCACGAUCAGGACGGGGCGGGGCGGGGCAAACUGGCACCAUCAUGUUGUACCGAGUCAGCCGUGACACACGCCGUCCACUCUGUGUACCCACAAUCCUCUCCUCUUACCCAUCAGGCCUGGCUACAGGGCCACGUUGGCCACAGGUUCUGAAAUGUCAGUCAUUUUGUUUUUGUCCUUUUUUUUGUACUUGUCGAAACCUUCGAACUAGGAAUGUGCUGAUGAUCAGUUACGCAAUACAUUGCAAUAUUUGCAUAUAUUAUUAACAUGUACCUUUCAAACAUAAAUGAGAAAUUCCAUAACUCUGUGCACCGGAUGAGGAUUCCAGCUGCCUCCGCAAUACGAUACUGUAUUGUAAUAUAAAUAUUUAAUAUCAGCACAUGCCUAAUUUGAAUGAAUGAGUCCCUGUAUUCUUUACACCUCAGCUCUUUUUGUGCCAUUAAAGUUUUUUUUUUAAAAUCUUCUCAGUGAAUUUGCCAAGUUGUUUAGGUUGUUUUAAUUCUGUUUAAAGAAUUUUGUCUUUCUUUUGCUCAAUAAAUUCUCCUCAAUACUGUACUCAA